AUGGAUUCAAUAUCGCUCUUAGGGCCAACUCCUCAUACUCGAGUGGCUAUAACACAGGAGGAUUUUGAUGCUCGUUACAACUUUGUUCGAAGUCGACGGAAGACUCCUAACUGUGAUAUUCUGGAGAAGAAGCUAAUUAAACAAAAUUGGCAACAAUAUGAGUCAAUACAGGAUUUCCUGCCUUUUAUAAAACGGAUUAGACGAUAUGAACUUAAACGAGAUGGAGCGAGGGACUUAUUUGGUUCAUUAUUGAUAGCUGCUUUGAUCAUCCCUCAAGCUUUGAGCGUUGGAGUUCUUAUAGAUGAUGUAUCAGCCGCUUUGCUUUCUUUGUUUAUCCCUCAACUUAUUUAUUUCAUAUUUGGCUCUGCUCGACAUAGUUCACUGGGAUCAUUAUCACACACAGCUUUCUUACUAUACUGCAGUCGCCACUAUUCGAAUGCUGAUUAUGGAACUCUCACAUUCUAUAUUGGCAUUAUACAGAUUAUACUUUUCCUCUUUCCAUCCGAAUGGCUCUUUGCGGUAUUUCCAAUCCAAUUGUUUGUUGGGUUCUCUUUGGGUAUCUUCAUCAGAAUCGUAAUUCAUCUUCUCUCCUUUAUUUUUGUAUUCAAUAAUUGUUUUUCGUUUUCUGGUGAUAUGAAACUUGAACCUUUUCUGCAUUGCUUGUCUUCUCUGAACGUUCAAAUCUUCAUCCUCUUCCUCCUCACGUUUUUCACUUCAUUCCUAUUUCGUUGGAAGAUCAACGACUACUUAUCACAGCUUCUUGCGUCCACCAUUCCUCACGAAUUGCUCUUGAUUAUCUUUUUCUCCAUAAUAGGAUACUUCCUGCAUAUAGAUGUGUCAGCGAAGAUCCCUCACCUACCACAUAUAAUAUCUUCCAUACAAGUCAGACCUCCAUCAACUCCAACUUUCCUAUUGCUAGUGGAUGCCACAACAAUUGCCAUUUUCUCAUUUUGUCAACAUUUCCGAAUUACAAGAUCUAUUGCAAUCGAGAAAAUGCACAAAGUUGAGAGGAAGCAGGAAAUACUAACCUUCUCAUUAAUAAGCGUUAUAUCAAGCAUUUUCGGCUUCCUACCACCAUCUAGUUCACCGGGAAAUAGUCAAAUCAAUGUAGAAACAGCCAAGUACUCUCUGUUCUGCACGCUCAUGUCUAUUCCUUGGAUUUUCUUAGCAAUUCAUUUCUUCGGCUAUUAUCUAAGUUUCAUACCUAAAAGUGUUAUUUGCGGAUUAAUUAUCACGUCAUUCAGUGGAAUUACGACUGAAAUCAGAUCUUUGAGAAAUGUGUUGAGCUCUCAACCGUGUGAUGGGUUUAUACGGGUGGCAUCUUUAGCUUCAGCUGUUCUGUUCCCAAAUUGUAAUAUUGGCUUCAUAUUUGCCUUGAUAGUCUCGCUGUUCACUGUUAUCUAUAGAAUACAAAUAACCCCAUGUGAAGUUAUGGUUAAAGUUGCUGACAACUUCUUCAUCGAAGAAAACAGAUACAAUGAUGGUGAUUGUCUUGACACGCCUCUCAGGAUUCUUAAGAUCAACGGUCCACUAUUGUUUUUGAAUAUAGAAGAUAUAAGGAAAGAAAUUUACCGUCAAGUUGUCACGGUGAAAGGUUUGAUUGGAAUAGGCAUUGGCUCUCGUACUGUGAGCUUGCGAAGUACUAAUGGCCCGACCAUAAUAGCCAAUCGAGAAAGCAUCGACAAGCGAAGCAACACGAAUCUCACUAACAUAGUGAUCACACAAGAUGUUGAUAUGAACCAAAAUGCCGGAGGAGAACAGAAUAUUCCAAGGUUUAUUGUCCUAGAUUGUUCAGGCUUGUCAGCAAUUGAUACGGAAGCGAUGCAGAUGUUGUCACAGGUUUACUUCGAUCUAAGUAAUGAUCACAUCAGAUUGAUGUUCGCCGGUCUAUCUGCUCGGUUACGAGAUGAUCUUGAGUGUAGCACAUUCCAUAACCGUGUUCCACUAUCAGCUUUUUAUCCAACAGUCACAGAAGCGAUAAUAGCUGCUAGAGGAAUAGCUUUACCGUUUCAUAUGAGUGUAUCCAUGAAUGGAUAUCGUGAUGUUAUAGCUCUCUCUACGGCUGCAUCUAAUCAGGACAUCAGUGUAUCUCAUCCGUCACCAGAAGCCAUCUAA